UUUCUCUCCAGACUCAAAUAGUUAUUCUGGAUUGUUGUAUGAUCGAACCAGCAAUUGGUUUGUUUGCGAAAUGGUAUUCGUAGGAGAUACCGUCAUAUCAGAGAAGCCCAUAACAAUCGAUGAACUGAGUGAUUUCAUUGUAGACUAUGAUGACGUUUACAGGCACAAGGAGCGUUCUAUGAUGCUGAUAAUCGACUGGUCUAUAUGGGAAGUUCGAAGAAUGGCAGACGCUAUGGUUUUGGAGAGACAAUUUACCCAGAUUUUUUAAUUCCUACAGUCGAGUCCCGUGGGUUUUGGGUAGAUGGAAAACAGUUUGGUCCGUUCGAGAUCUUCGAUCGUUUCGGACACUUCGUUCACACCGUUGUCUACUUUAAUGGAGAGCAAGUGGAUCCUGAUCGAAUUCCGGAGGAUCAGCUUACGUUUUAUUCCUUUUCGCACUCCUUAAUGUUGUCUCACGACACAACAAUCCCUGGGUCCAAGAUCCACUUCUUCAAUCUGGACCGAUUGGAGCACUUAUCCAUCGGAUAUCACAGCUUUACUCAAAUUGAGACAUUCCAUAUUUCUCAGCUUCCCUGUAUAAAGCGACUUGUGAUCGAGCAGGACUGCUUUCUAGGCUUGGAAUCCUUUUCGGAAGAGCAGCUGAGGAGAGUGGAUUCGGCUGUUACGCGUGGACACCAUCGCCAGUUUA